CACACACACACACACAAAUCUAACCGGCAUGCACUGCGCGCCGAUCACCGGUGAUCGAAUCUGCGCAGAACUGGCUCAUCUCGAACAGGUCUAUGGCUGUUUAUUUAUCCAGCUGUUUUUAUAAUGGUUCUCUACCGCCACCUGCUGUCUAGGAAAGUAACUGCACGUCUGUGUCCUGUUCCUGAUUCAGCUGGAGACGCAGCAGCUGUCCACAGGACGAGGACAACACAGCAGCCAUCAGUGCUGGAGGAUGGAGCCCAGUGGGAAACCCUCGACUGUACAGAUAGUGGUUUUAGCCACUAGCUCUGCACUGACGGCCAUUUUCUACUCCAUCUACAGGAGCAGAUCCAAAACAGUUACCCGCUUGAAGGAAGCUAAGAAAGUCUCUAUUGAUCAGGAUUUAAAAACCCUCCUGUCUGAAACUCCUGGGAGAUGUGUGCCGUAUGCUGUCAUAGAAGGUGUGGUGAGAUCUGUGAAGGACACCCUGAGCAGCCAGUUUGUUGAUAACUGCAAGGGAGUGAUAGAGAGGCUGACGCUCAAAGAGGAGAAGAUGGUGUGGAAUCGCACUACUCACUUAUGGAACAGCACGGAGAAAGUCAUCCACCAGCGCACCAACACCGUCCCGUUUGACCUCGGCUCUCAUGAUGAACGCCUCACCACGACGGUUCGAGUUAUCCGUCCACUAGAUGCUGCAGAGUUGGACCUGGAGACCACCUAUGAGAACUUCCACCCCACCAUCCAGUCCCUGUCCAGCGUCAUCGGUCACUUCAUCAGUGGCGAGCGGCCAAAGGGCAUCCACGAAUCAGAGGAGAUGCUGCGGGUGGGUGACAGCGUGACGGGAGUGGGGGAGCUGGUCCUGGAUAACAACCUCCUGAAGCUCCAGCCUCCCAAACAGGGCUUCUCCUACUUCCUGACCCGACAGGACUACGAGUCCCUUCUGAGGAAGCAGCUGGCCGGCGUCAGGCUCUGGAGGAUCCUGUUCAUCGUGUUUGGGGUUGCUGCCUGUUCCACGCUCCUCUUCGUCACGUGGAAGCGCUACAUGCACCACAGACAGAGCAGGAAGAAGAGGAGCAUGAUGGAGGAGUUCAAGGAGCAGCAGAGGAGGCGCAUGCGUGAACUCCAGAUGGAGGAGGGCAGCGUGUCCCCCUCCAGCUGUACUGUAUGUUUGAGCCAGGAACGCUCCUGUGUCUUUCUGGAAUGUGGUCACGUGUGUGCCUGCAUCCAGUGCUACCACAGCCUUCCUGCACCAAAGAAAUGUCCCAUCUGCAGGUCUGCCAUCGACAGGAUGGUGCCUCUGUACCACAGUUAACUCCGUGUGUAUGCACACACUCGUACGGCAUCAUGAUGCUCAGCCCUCACAUCCAAAUGUAGUCUUUACUGUCUGCAGUGUUCACUGUUUGCUCCUAAACAUCUGGAAUCAGCAGCAUCUGCAGCCAGAACCACACUGGGCUGCUGCUCUGCGUCACAAAUCAAAAACGUUCUCCAGAAGGUUCCAGAGGGCUCGUCGUCUUCCGGCAGGACCUGCAGGUUCCCACUCAUCUCUGAAACUUUGAUCAUGUUCUAAACUGCAGGUGACUUAUUUCCUGUCUGACUUUACUUGCGCCUGUAACCCGUUUGAAUUUAGAUUUUAGGAGUCAUGCAGGAAAACGUUUGGAGACCAGAUGGCAACAACACUUUGAUUUUGAAACAUUUACCCUCCUUAUCUCAGUAAAGCUGAAAAAAAAAUCAUAAUUUUAGUCAAAAACUUUAUUUAUGGAACUUUAAAUACAUAUUACUUCUCCUUUCAUCCGGAGAAACUAAAUAUUUAAGAAAUCAGAGAUGUUUUAAAAUGGUUUGGGUCUGUUUUGGUAUAUUCAGUUUGUUCUCUAUAUAAAAUAAAAUAAAAGAUGUAAUCCAACAGC